CUAAGUAACUGAGUUAAUCCUUCCAAUUUUAGGAAGUCUGGUAAAAUGGAUGUUGUGGAGGAGGGCAAAGCAGUUGGGCAGGAGGAAAACGGCGGGCAGGUGAACAACUGCUCACCUAUGCCGGUUUCCAUGGUGAUGACGCCAACCACCACACCCCUCAAUCAGGUGCAGUCAGUCAUACAAUCAAACAACCAGCAUUCCGUCAUUCAGGCUACACCUGUUACAGUACAAGUUCAGGUUGAGGAAGAUAGUUUGACUGUAGAUGGUGAGACUGAGAGAAAGAAAAGACAGGAAAUCCUGUCACGAAGACCUUCCUACAGGAGGAUAUUAAAUGACUUGUCAUCUGAUGUUCCUGGAGUACCAAAGAUUGAAGAAGAACCAGCAGGAAGUGAUGAAUCUGAGGGGACACAGAGUAUCAUUGUAUCUGGAGGAACAGCUAUUCAAAACCUACCAACUGGAGCAGCAACAAUCCAGAUAGCAAACCCUGCUGGUGACGGUGUCCAAGGUAUCCAGACAUUAACAAUGACCAGUGCUGGUGGGUCAGGAAUUGUCCAGUCCAUUCAGACCCAAGAUGGUCAACAGUUCUUUGUGCCAGCUGCUACGGGUGAGUACCCUGUGAACAUUGCCCGUCUUGGUGAAGUGCAAGCAUACCAGAUUAGACCCGCUACAUCAUUACCUCAAGGUGUGGUCAUGACUGCACCAUCUAACCUACAACAACAACAAGUGAUGGUAGAAGAGGCUGGAAGAAAACGAGAACUCAGACUUAUGAAAAACAGGGAAGCAGCUAAAGAGUGUAGACGGAAGAAGAAAGAAUAUAUCAAGUGUCUUGAGAACAGAGUGGCCGUCUUAGAAAACCAGAACAAAACAUUAAUAGAGGAACUCAAAUCACUCAAAGAGUUAUACUGUCAUAAAUCAGAUUAAGGUAUGCUGGACAUUGUGUCGGAGCUUAUUUUGAUGAACGCAAAGUGCCACAGAGAGUGCAAGAUUGUGGAGUACUCUACGUGCACUAUGUCAAGAACAUGAAGUGUUCUGAAGGAGUUCACUGGUAAUGUUACCUGCUGGAAGUGCUUCUCAUCAUCAUGUAUUGCCUUGUAUUGCAAUCAUUGCACAAUGCUCAUUGCACAGCCACAUGACAGGCAACAGAAGACAGACUGUGAUCAAUCAAAUGAUGAUGCUUGGUUUUAUUGUAUAUAUGUAUUUUUCUUUUUACUUGUAAAGGAAAAAGGAUGUCUGAUCGCUCAUUUCUUGUGCACCUCGAUGGAAUAGCACUUUUUAUAAAAGUUGUCAAGAAGUGUUAUUGGUAUAUAAUUGUUAGAGUGUCUAUAUUUUCAUACUUGAUUAAGACAAUUUAAGGGGAAAGGAUUGCGAUCUUAUCAAUUGUACAAGAGCUAGUUUGACAGAGUCAAGUUGUUGAAAUGAAUUUAUACAUAAUAAUCAGCUGAAUCUUCAACCUGGGUCAUUUGAAAUAAUUGAAUAGGAAAGCUUGCAUUGAUUUUAUGACAGAAAAACAAUGUAAUAUUUAUUUACUUUACUUUGAAAAUUGAUUGUAUCUAAUAGUUAAUUUCUUUUUAAUAUUUUCCAGGAUUUUAUGAUAAUUGGUAUAUAUAUACAUGUAGUUGUUUUGGUAAUCCCAAAGAACAACUUUAUGGAUUUUUUUUCCACAUGAGAUGUAAGGUACUGUGUAAAACAUGCAAUUUUAUUGUUAGCGUUAGGAAAACUAAUUUCUUUAUGGUUAAUCUGACUCCAAUAAAAGACAAAGGCUUAGUGGAAUUCGAAGAUUCCCAUGUUUUAUUUUCAUGUUUGUGUGAAUUUUCUUCCAAAAUGAGGUCAAUUAUUAAGUUUAAUAUUGUAGGAUACUCCUUCUGUAUUACACCAUUAGCUCUGAACCUGCUUUGAACUUGACAUGGUUCAAACAAGGAAUUUCAACAUGCAUGUGUAUUUAAUAUAAUUUAUAUUAAGCAUAAGCAUAAAAAACCUAGUUAUUCAUUUACUAUUUCUUGCCAUCAUAAACAAAUUGUUAGAAGUUGAUCUGAUAGCUGAAACAAUUAAAAACUCUUGCACACAGUUUUAAAGUAAAAUGCCCAUAUCCUUGUUUGUGUACUAUUUUUUUUCAUUGAUAACACAAGUAAGCUUUUUAAUACUAUAUACAGUACCAGCAAAUUUGUGCCUUUUCUGAGGAACAAGUUUUCUUCAUUUCAGAGGAUAGAGAAUACACAGCCUUACAUCAAUCCUGUAACUAUAAGACUACAGUGUAUUUCAGUAAUACCCUCCUCCAUUCAAUUUUCCUCUCUUCUGUAUUUUGUUGAAGUUACAGGGUAAUACUUUACUGAAUUGAAUGUGUAUUUUCUCAGCCUAUAUGAGUACUGUCAUUUUAAGAUGAGACCUACGUAAGCCCAGAGAAUUUAUAGCAUUUAUAGAUGUCAAAAGAAAAUCUAUGUAAAUUGAAAAUUUUUAUAAAACUGUGACAAUGCCACUUGUUUGUUUUUUAAACUUAUUUGCUGUUUAUUUUUGUCUCAGCAGCAGAGAGCCAUUCAGGCUCGAAUACACAAAGGUGGUUUUGAAAUGGACGCCUGUUGCCUUGAUUGAGUACGCUAUUUAUUCACGAGUCCACCUGUUAUAAAUCAAUUCAACACAGUGGACAGGCCUUCAUGGCUGCCUAUAUUUAUUCUCAUUCUCAAUACAGGAAUCAAAGGGCUGGAUUCAUAAAGAGUUUCUGAAUUAAGGAGUGAUAUCUCCAGUAGCAUACACCAUCUGAGCAUGAAAUGUGAUGAUCCAUCUUAUAACACACGCAAUUGGAAAUUUAAAAAAGUCACACUUUAGUCAAGUGAGUAAAUUAUAGUGUCAAUGAAGAAAAAAAUUACAGACAGCACUCUUCAUGAAAUGCUCCUUUGAUUGACAUGUGGAACUUGGGUUUUGAAAUAUAACAUUUUAGAAAUUAGGUUUUGAAAUAUAAUAUUUAGACAUCACUCACUUUGAAUAAAAGCCCUUUUGCCAGAUGUGUGUUUAUAUGAUGCUAUGGGAGGCAUUGGUAAAGCAAUGGUAGUAAAAACAAUAGGGCUUUAUGUCCUAGCAAAAUCUAACAUCCACUCUGGACACAGAAGAUAUAACACAAGAUAGAAAGAAGGAAAGUAGUUUGACAUAGUAAUAACGUUUGGUUCCACUGUAGGCAACUCGUAUUAUUUGACAUCUAAAUUUGAAUUUAAAUUCAAAUUAAUUCUUAACAGAAAAGAUACAGUCAUUACAUGAUUAUAGAGCUAAAAAGAAAUUCGAAGGGUUAAUUUUGGUUUUUAUAAGCAAAUGAAAUCUUAAAGCACGAUGGUAUUGUAAUAGAUAUCAAAAUGUGGUUGUAAUAUAAUGAACAACUGAAUUUAUUUUUCCCUCUUUAUUUUUAUAUGUACAUAAUAUAUACACACUGGGCCCAAAACAAAGAUUUGAAAUUGAUAAUUGGGUUGAUUUUUAUGAUUGACUGUAUCAAUAUCAGUUCCAAGAUAUAGGCCCUGGUCUGCCUUGAAGUAAAUAUUGUUGAGUAAAAAAAAAGACUGGUUGUAGUUUCUCUCACUUGUUGUUGUACAUAUUUCAUAUCUUAAAGUGAUGAGAAACUACAAGACUGGUGCUUGCUGGGCAAGUGGUCUUUCAAGAUGAAAGACAAUCUAGAGAGGCAGAUUUUUUUUUUCCAGGUAUGUUACGUCAUAAACUGUUGAAUUUAGACUUUCCAAGCCGUUUGAAUUUUCUCAAAUUGGUAUUUUUCUGGUGUCUUACACUGGAUGUAUGUGUUCAGAGAUGUGUACUUUUCCUACUUCUAUGUUUGAAUUCUUGUGAUUUGUUAACACCAUGAUCUAGUUGUAGAUUGUAUUUGUAAACAAUUGAAAUGUAUAAGAAUUAAUAUAACAGAAGGAUACAUGUAUGUUUCUAUAUGGAAUUCAAUUCUAAAGUUUCAUCUUGAAAUUGUUCCUAAUUAUAUAAAACAAUGUGUUGUGAGAAUUUUAUUUGUAAUCAAUUUUGAUUUUCUUAUGAUUUGAAUUAUUUGAAACUUUCAGAUGACUAUGUUUCAUAAAGCUUGUGAAUGUUGAUUGCUUUGAGGUUACAGAUAUCCUUGCAUUUGAUUGGUUGUGUGAAGCUGAAUUCUAGGUCUGUAGCCAUUCUUAUUGAUAGACAAGUUUUAUGAAAUAGGUUGUCUUACUCACUUGCAACACAAUCAUAGUUGUGAUUCACUUUCACAAACUUGCAAAUUGUAUUUGGUCAUAUCAAUGAUGUUCAUAUCGGUCUUUUGAUUAAAGAUAUAUAAAUGUAGUUGGAGUGAACAGUGAUUUUAUGAGAAAACCUGUACAACCAAUUUUGAUUAUCACUGUAUCAUCAUAUACAGUUAAACCAGGGAAGUUGGAGUUAGAACUUAACUUUGUGGAGUUAGAACUUAAGAUUUCACAAAGUUAAGUUCCAACUCCAACUUCCCUCCAAGUCCAACUUUUGAUCUAAUUUAUUAAAAAAAAUCACACAGAAGACCGUCAACAUAGAUCAGCACAAGUGGGGCAAUGUAUUACUACAGAUAUUGGAUAAAAACUCCAACAUUGAUCUGGAAUGCCAAGAUUAGUUUGCUAAUUUCUCAGCAAUUACCGGUACACAUUUUUUUUUUACAGUCGGAUUCUUUACAACCUCAGUUUGAAAUCAUUACCACAAAUGGCACUUAUGACUAAUCACAAAGGUUCAUGUGGCAUUAUUGAGUUUGUAUAAGUAUUGGUUUUUUUUUAUAUACUUGUUUUGUAUACUUGUUCACCAUACUGUGAGGCUAUUUAUGUGGUGGUUCCCAUGUGUUAACCCUAAAAAGACUGGGCUAAGAAAACGACGGGGGGGAGGGGUGAUUCGGCCAUCGACCGUACAAUCUUGAUGAACAUUGGCAUGUGCAUUACCCAUGGCAUAAUUUACAAAACUGUAAUAUCAAAUCCUAAAUAAAUCUUUUUGCUGCUCCAUUACUAUCACAUUUCUCUCCCUUUCAUCCCCCUACAAUUAAUGCCAGUGUAGGGAUCAAGUUUUAAUUAUGUAUUCCUUACUCUUUGUCCAUGUUUCUAUAAUUUGAAAUUGUAGAUUUUUUUUCUAAAUGGAGUUCUACAAGUGUCUUGAAGUAUACUGUGUUAAAAGUUCUGUCAAUUGUCACUUGCAAUUUGCUAUUGUACUUCUGCAUGUACAUUGUAUAUAUGGCAUGCUUUCCAUUAAAUUGGAAUAUUUCAACAAA